AUGCGCGUAAAGACCCAAUUUCGAAAAGCCGGUGACCUUUUGCAAAGGCAUUUAAUAGAAACUAGAAUAAAAGAAGCUAAGCCUUCCAUAUUUUCUCCCAGACCAUUCGCCUCAAUACAAUAUUACAAUACUCGCAGUCUCAGCUUCACUACUGAUCAAUAUCCUCGGUAUAAAAGAAACCCGAACUUCAAAGAGUUAUCAACUGAUGAUAUUGAUUUUUUCAAAUCGAUUCUUUCUCCAAGUGGAAUUCUCGUUGAUAAUGGGAAGAAUUUCGAUGAUUUGUUACCGUAUAAUCUUGAUUGGAUGCGCAAAUAUCGUGGCAAGUCACGUCUUGUUGCUAAACCGAAGUCCACCGAGGAAGUUGCUGCUAUAUUAAAAUAUUGCAACGAGAACAGAUUGGCUAUUGUUCCGCAAGGUGGAAAUACUGGUCUCGUUGGUGGUGGUGUCCCAGUUUUUGAUGAGAUAAUACUUAGCACUAAUAAUUUAAAUAAAAUUAGAAGUUUUGAUCCUCUAUCUGGUGUUCUUAUUUGUGACGCGGGAUGUAUUCUUGAAGUACUUGAUAAUUAUCUUGCUGAGCGUGGGUAUAUGAUGCCAUUAGAUUUGGGUGCAAAGGGCAGUUGUCAUAUUGGCGGAAAUGUUGCCACAAAUGCAGGAGGACUUAGACUUUUACGAUAUGGAUCACUCCAUGGCUCAGUAUUAGGUUUAGAAGUGGUGCUUCCAGAUGGAACAAUUCUACAUAAUUUGUCUAGCCUUCGUAAAGAUAAUACUGGAUAUGAUCUUAAGCAAUUAUUUAUUGGUUCGGAAGGUACACUCGGUAUUAUUACCGGGGCCGUUAACGUUGCUGUAUUUGGAUUGAACUCUUUCCAAAAAGUGCAAGACACAUUCAUAAAAUCCAAAGAAUAUUUGACGGAGAUUUUGUCUGCUUUCGAAUUUUGGGAUUCAGGCGCACUUAAACUUCUAAAGCUUCAUCCUCGUGGCAGGAAAUUCCCAAUUGAAGGCGAUCAUCAAUUUUACGUGUUGGUUGAGACGCAUGGCUCGAAUAAAGAGCAUGAUGAUAAGAAACUUGAGAAAUUCUUGGAAGACAUGUUAGGAACACAAGUAAUCGAAGACGGAGUUCUAGCACAAGAUACCACCCAAAUAAAAGAUCUCUGGUCUUUCCGCGAAGGUAUCCCGGAAGCGUGUAGCAAGGCAGGCGCAGUAUACAAGUACGAUAUAUCGAUACCGGUCCCGGUUCUUUAUCAGAUGGUACAAGAUGUGAAAAGUCGGUUGAUGGAGGCAAAUGUGUUUGGUGAGAAUAAGCUGGUUACUAAUGUUAUUGGGUAUGGACAUAUUGGAGAUGGGAAUUUGCAUUUGAAUAUCACGGCCAAUUCUUACGAUCCGAAAGUAACAGAGUUGAUUGAGCCUUUUGUAUACGAGUGGACAGAAAAACAUAAAGGAUCGAUUUCUGCAGCGAAUCAUCUUGGAUACUCGAAAUCGCCACAAAUGAUUAAUUUAAUGAAAACAUUUAAGCAAAGUUUAGAUCCAUUAGGAAUAAUGAAUCCAUACAAGUUCUUACCUCAAUGA